AAAAAUUACUUUCCAAAUAGCAUGAAAAAUGUCCAAACGUAAGUCCCUAUCGGCUGAAGAAAAACAAAUUAAACUUUUGGAAUUGUUCCAUGAGACCAAUGAUGUAUAUCAAUUAAAGGAUUUGGAACGUAUAGCACCUAAAGAGAAAGGUGUGGUCAUGCAAUCGGUAAAGGGUAUUCUACAAGAGUUGGUCAACAAUGGUCUCGUGCAAUGUGAGAAGAUUUCCGGCAGUUUCUAUUAUUGGUCAUUUCCAAGUGAAACUUUGAAAAAACUUCAAAGAGAAUUACAGGAGGUGGAGGCAAAAACUUGUCAACUACAAAAGAGCAUUGAUGCGGUGCAAUCGAAAGUCCAACAGACCAACAAUGCAUUGGAUGAUCACCAAACCAUAGAGACUUUGACGAAAGAAAUCCAAGACCUUCAAGAGGAAAAGGAAACCUUGACGAAACAAGAAGCUAAAUAUAGGAAUGAUAUAAAUUAUGAAGAAAUUAAGCAAAAGGAUCAUGACGCAAAGAAACUUCUGGAAGCUGCCAAUCGUUGGACAGACAAUAUUUACAUGAUUAAGACAUGGUGUAAACGUAAAUUCGACAAAGAAGAACGUGAACUGAAUAAAGCAUUUGGAAUACCAGAUGAUUUGGACUAUGUGGAUACCACUUGAUGUUUGUUUUCCUCAUGGACAUUUACACACACCGCACUCAAUCCCACGAUAAGCACUUACCAUUCAACGAGAACUCCUUUCAUUACAUUCACCAUGAUUUAUGCAAUAAAUUCAUUACACUCUUUUCUCAGUGGAAAAAGAAAA